AACUAACCAGCUCCGGCCCAAACACAGCCACGAGCACCUACACCCCCCCGCUGUCACCUCUCCUUCCAUCGCCACAGGCGGCCCUUCUCCGCGGAAGCCGGCGGGCCGCCGCCUCCCUUACCCCUCUCGCUGUGCUCCUCCGCACCGUCAUUCCCUAGCAUUCCCCACGGGCGAGGUAAAGAAACAUUCUCCCACCCCCUCCAGCCCCAUAGGUGCCACCGGGAUUUCUCUUGCGGUUGCUUGGCCCAGAUCUGCGGCGCAUUCGGCGUUUCUGAUCUCGCGUGCACCUCGUUUCCCUCGGCGGUGGAUCAGUGGCGGCUUGGUCGAGAUGGGCGAUGCGGUUGAUGACAUCAUCUGUGCAACGGAUGCGGCGGUCGCCGUCGAGGAUGCGGCCAGUGGGAAGCCCGCAAUGCUCUCUAGCUUAGGGGGGCAGGGUGAGGAAGAGCAUGAGGAGAAGGACAAUGAGGACAAGUCAGGCGAGAGCGAGGUGAUCAACCCGCCAGAAGACGCUGGCGGGGAGGCCACCUCACCCCUGGAAGGGUUGAAGCCUCGCCUUUCCAAGGGGAAUCAAAGCCAUGGACCUAAUGCUGUCAAAUCAAAGAGCCCAACGAGUGGAGACGAAGGUCAGACGAGGAAAAAGGCUCCCAAUUCUUCUCUUCCUAAGGCACCCAUUGUCCAGGUGUCCCAUGGUGACGCUGGUGUCGGCAGUAAUAAAGAUGGCAAGAAUGAGUCUCGCUCAUCUUCCGUGGAUGCAACAUUGCUGGAUGACUCCAAGGAGAAAAGGAAAACUCAAAAGCCAUUAGCACAGCUCUUUUCCAUCAAAAGUGACGAAGAACAGUCAAAUGGUGAGAGUGCAAAGCCUCGAAAAGUUGGCAGCAUUCCAUCAUAUGGUUUCACCUUCAAGUGUGAUGAGAGAUCUGAAAAAAGAAGAGAGUUCUAUUCGAAGCUUGAGGAGAAGAUUCAUGCAAGAGAGUUAGAAAUAAGCAAUUUGCAAGCGAAAUCAAAGGAAACUGAAGAAGCAGAACUCAAAAUGCUGAGAAAGAGUUUGAACUUCAAGGCAACACCAAUGCCAAGCUUCUAUAAGGAACCAACUCCUGUCAAGGUUGAAUUGAAAAAGAUCCCCCCAACAAGAGCCAAAUCGCCAAAGUUUGGUCGUUCUAAAAACAAGUCCACACCAGAGACUGAAGAAAAUGCUACCGCGGACCAGCCUGCCCACCUGAGCCUCGAGGAGAAUGUUUCUCAAACCGGUGUGAAAAAACCAACCCCGUUGAAUCCAGCAAAGAAGCCCCAGAGGAAGUCACUCCCCAGACUGCCAUCUGAAGAAACCGGUCCGCUUGAUGCCACCUCAAGGCAACUUAUAAAGAGCGCCAAGCUGGAUGCAGUUAGUGCUCCGGAGACAGGAUCAGCUACAGGACAGGCACAACUACAAGGAAGUCAGACGGAAACAGAUUCUGGUCAGGGGCCAGUUGAAGCUGGAGCUAAUCCUGAUGAACAAGACGCCAGCGAACAGAGUGUUGUUUAGUGAAGAUCACGAUGACCAAACCAGCUGAUUUGUGAUGUGCAUGGUGUUCCUCGGCUUUGUAUAAUAUAUUGUGCUUGCCUGCUAGAGUAACCUGUAGUCUGUAUUAUGUUAUGUGAUAUAUACUACUACUCCUGGUUUAUUUUCCUGGAAUUGAGCCGUAUGUUGCUUAUCAAUCUAGAUAGCUUUUGUUCA